AUGGAAGCAGAGGCAGUCACAAAUGCAGAAGUAGAGGCAGUCAUAGAAUCAGAAACAGAAACUCAAGCAGAAGCAGAUGCAGAAGAAGAAGAUGCUGAAGCAGAAGCCGAAGCUACAGAAGCAGAUGCAGCAAAAGAAGAACCAGAAGAAGCAGAUGCAGCAGAAGAAGCAAAAAAAUCAGAUGCAAAACCACCGGCACUUGGCCACCCAUCCCCAUCGGCGGCGACGGAGCGUCCGAGGACCGGCGACGCACUCCACCCUCGGAUCCCUCUCUUUCCUCAGCCACCCAUCACCCGCGGACCGGCGAUGGAGCAUGCGCGGACCAGCUCAACCUCGGAUCCCUCUCUCUCUCCUUCGUGCGCCUCCCUCCUCGCGUCGUGCUCCUCUUCCUGA